UGUAGAAUCUGGGGGAAUCCGACAAGCAGUGCGUGAUACGUUGUCGUUCUGGUUGGGUCGUUCGUUGUUUUUUUUCAGGUUGAAAGUGUACGGUGCGGUUAUAUACGGUGUUCAUUGCGAUUGAUGUUUCGUCGAUAACACGAUCACGAAAGAGUGCAGUUUAUUGAGUUGUAAAUUUGCGUAAAUGUACGAGAACCGUGUCUAAAAACAGUGACGUUACUUGUAUCGAGAGACUAUUGCGUGCUCGCCUCGCCUCGUGCUGUCCCUUCUCGCCUCACCUCAUCUCGUCCCGUCUCGUCUCGUCUCGUUUCGUCUCGUCGCGUCUCGUCUCGUUUCGUCGUUUCGUUUCGUUUCGUCUCGUUAUUUUUCUUCCGUGUGGUCGAUCCGCGAAAGUGCAUGCUAUCUUAGAUUGACAGCGGAUUCUGUGCGUCUCGCGAUCGCGUAGAAUGUUGGAUCGCGACACGGCGAUACAUCUCGUCGCCGGAGGAGUGGCUGGCACGGCAGGAGCGAUAGUGACUUGUCCACUCGAAGUAGUAAAGACCCGAUUGCAGUCGUCGUCUUCCGGUUUUCAUCCGCCGCCAGUAAAUAAAGAAUUCACAUCCGGUCAUCCCACGUGCAAGGGCUCGCCGACGCCUGAACAACGUAGGAGGCUAUGCACUGGAUAUCCCAGAUAUUCCAGCCACUUCGUGGCCCUUUCGCAUUUUGGCGUUUCGACCUCGCCUCCGAAUUCUUCCCGACACGCGCCAGGCAUCUAUCAAUGCUUAAGAUAUAUUAUCAAGAAUGAGGGAGCACGAGGAUUAUUCAAAGGUCUCGGUCCUAAUCUCAUCGGAGUGGCACCGUCCAGAGCUAUCUAUUUCUGUGCGUACUCCAAGAGCAAAGUUGCAUUCAACGCGAUCCUACCUCCCGACACACCGAUUGUUCAUGUUUUCGCCGCGUCCUGCGCUGGUUUCACUGCGUGUACAUUAACAAAUCCAAUUUGGUUCGUAAAAACCAGACUACAGCUGGAUCAUCGAUCGCAAAAAGUUACAGCAAUAGAAUGUAUGCGGAGGAUAUAUCAAAAAUCGGGUAUUCUGGGAUUCUAUAAAGGUAUUGUGGCAUCCUACAUAGGCAUAAGUGAGACUGUGAUACACUUUGUGAUAUACGAAGCAGUGAAAGCAUGGCUAGCCACGCACAGAUCACGAGCUUCCCAGGCAGAUGACAGGAAGACGUUCCGCGAUUUCAUUGAAUUUAUGGCGGCUGGAUCGUUUUCGAAAACGAUAGCAUCAACAGUUGCCUAUCCUCACGAAGUAGCAAGAACCCGAUUACGAGAAGAAGGUACGAAAUAUCGCGCGUUCUGGCAAACUCUGAGCACUGUAUGGGCAGAGGAGGGCACAAAAGGUCUCUACCGUGGCCUCGGUACCCAGUUGAUCCGGCAAAUUCCAAACACUGCCAUCAUAAUGGCAACGUAUGAAGCGGUGGUAUAUGUGUUGACACGACAUUUCCGACCUGUUACGGUAACGACGUCCAGUACCAAUGCGGCAUCGGAAUUUUAUAGCGAGGCUAAGACGAAAAGGCAAUUGGCCUAGGACUUGCUUACGGCCCCCGAGUAAAGGGCCAUCCACCAUCAAUCGU